GUUCCAGAGGGCGGAGACUGAGACUGGGGCGAGACAGCUGCCCAGGGCCAAGGCCGUGUAUGGCGGGACAGCUCCGGCUGGCUUGAAGGAGCCUGGGUUUCCAUUCUGGCUCAGUCUAGGACCAGCCCCUUGACCUUGGAUGGUACACUUUAUUUUCUGGGUCUUAAUGUCCUUACCUGUAAAAUGGAGAGCUCGGACUCAUUGUGUCUCAAGGUUUUUUCGCCCCGAAACUUCUCUAACAGACCCUUUUAGGGUCUUGUGUUGGACUUUUCACAAACAAAACAAAACCUGACUUAGGAAACUGACGAAUCUCAGUGCUAGUUCCCGGGGAGGCUGGGCCCUUGGUGUCUGCAGAGAUGGAGGACUUUGCGCAAUAGGACUUAAGAGUAUGUUCCUUUGCAGAUGCUCUCUACGAGCUGAAAAAGAGAGGAGCUGACCUUGUGCAAGAUGGAUAUCUGGAAGUUCUGGUUAAAAUGCAGAAUCAGCAAAGGAGACUCAGAGAAGCUCUAGUUUCCUGCUUAAUUGCAGGGGCCUCAAGGCUGUGCUCACUCCCUCUGCUCUGCCUCCACCCUGGCAUAUGAUGCUGAGCUGGCUGCUCCAGAAUGAACCACAGCUCUGAGAAGGGGAAGUAGAAACAGCUGGCACCCUGCCAUGGCCUGUGAACCACAGGUGGACCCGGGGGCUGCUGGCCCAUUGCCCCCCUCCUCCCCUGGCUGGAGUGCCCUGCCUGGAGGGAGCCCUCCUGGCUGGGGGCAAGAGCUCCACAAUGGCCAGGUCCUCACUGUUCUCCGGAUUGACAAUACCUGUGCACCCAUCUCCUUCGACCUGGGAGCCGCAGAAGAGCAACUGCAAACCUGGGGCAUUCAGAGGAGAAAACUGAGGCUCAGAGGAGUGGGGUUACUUGCUCCAGGCCACACAGCACAUGAGUGGCAGGGCCAGAGUUUGGGCCCAGGGCUGUCUGAUUCCGGGGCCUGUGCCUUAACCAUCAGGCUACCCUGUGUCUGCUGCAAGCAGGUCCCGGCCGACCAGUACAGGAGCCUGGCUGAGAGUGCUCUCUUGGAGCCCCAAGUGAGAAGAUACAUUAUCUACAACUCGAGGCCUAUGCGGCUGGCCUUUGCUGUGGUUUUCUACAUGGUGGUGUGGGCUAAUAUCUACUCUACCAGUCAGAUGUUUGCCUUAGGGAACCACUGGGCUGGCAUGCUGCUCGUGACCCUCGCCGCGGUGAGCCUGACCCUGACUCUUGUGCUGGUCUUUGAGAGACAGCAGAAGAAGGCCAACACCAAUACGGAUCUGAGGCUGGCAGCUGCCAAUGGAGCCCUCCUGAGACAUCGGGUGCUGCUGGGGGUGACAGACACAGUGGAAGGAUGCCAGAGUGUGAUUCAGCUUUGGUUUGUCUACUUCGACCUGGAGAGCUGUGUGCAGUUUUUGUCUGAUCAUGUUCAAGAAAUGAAGACUAGCCAAGAGUCCUUGCUGAGAAGCAGACUGAGCCAGUUGUGUGUUGUCAUGGAAACUGGGGUGAGCCCUGUAACAGCGGAGGGGCCUGAGGACUUGGAGGAUGCUCCUCUCCUGCCUGGCAAUUCUUGUCCUAACGAGAGGCCACUCGUGCAGACUGAGCUUCAUCAGCUCGUUCCUGAGGCUGAGCCGGAGGAAAUGGCCCGCCAGCUGCUGGCAGUGUUUGGCGGCUACUACAUCCGGCUUCUAGUGACCUCCCAGCUCCCUCAGGCAAUGGGGACACGACACACGAACUCUCCGAGAAUUCCAUGCCCCUGCCAGCUCAUAGAAGCCUACGUCCUGGGCACAGGGUGCUGCCCGUUCCUGGCCAGGUGACCUAGGGAUGAAGGUACUCAUGUUCCUCCAAGACUGAGCAGUCGGGAAGGCUUCAGGAGCCCAAGAUGGCCAAUGGGGAGCCCCAGGUGAGGAGAGAAGCAUCUAGGGGCACUCCAAAAGGGGCUCGUGAUGUCAGCCACUGGGGUGUUGUGCUCACUCCAGGGCCCAGCACACAAAUCUCAUGCUGUUUGACAUCUCAUGCUGACCCCCUGGCCUUUGCAGGAGCUGAUGGUUACAGAGCUAGUCCCACCAAAGCUACUCUUUCUGCUGCUUAGAACUGUGGACACGUAUGGAAGGAAUGGACCCCUAUCGCUUUCAUUGUCCAGAGAGCCCAGGAGGCAUGAAGAUGACCAGACAGGGCAAAUUAUGUGUCCAAAACUUGGCCUCAGAUGUUUCCAUUUCCAACCUCUUCAUGCCAGAUGGGGAAACUGAGACUCAGAGAGGAUACUGCUCUAUGUGGCGUUGCCUUGAACCCCUAAAAUUAUCAGACUGCCUUUUUCCAAUAUAAAGAAAAAAUGUUUUCAGAAUUCUCUCAAUUUUUUUAUGUUUUUCUCCCCCAUAUUUUGUGAAAAGCAGUGGUACGUGUACAUGUUUUCUACCAGUACACAGGCUACAGAAGACACAGAAGAAAGGGAUCAAGGGCAGAUAACUGUUGACAGGAAUAUUUGAGAAAGAUUGAUCCUGUUUGACUUGAGGACUUACUUUGUUCACAGGCAUGCACGCUUGUGGCUGUGGUUUUAUAUUACAGAUGUAGAACACUGGUUAUGUUUCCCGACACAAACACUGUCCUGGAAUGAAGUGUGAUCAGCCACUCGUGGGAUUCUGUGAAGAGCUCAGAGGCUUCCAAGUGAUCUGCUCCCGAAACAAGUUUGAAGACCUAUUGUUUCAUCGACCCAAGUCCAAAUGCCCUGACCUGGCAUGUGAAGGAUCCCCAGCCCCCAAGACCUAGCCUUCAUCUGCGAUUUUGGCUUCAUCUCCCACAAAACCCCUUUAUGGGUUGAAGCUCUUUCCUGGACUGACAUACCUAUUCCUUUCCAUUUGUUGGACUCCUAUUCAUGCUUCAAAGUCCAGCUUUCUUAAGCCCUUCUUUAGGAAGCCUUCCCACACAGCCAACCCUGCUGCUCUCUGCCUCCUUUAAAUUCUUGAUAAAGCUGUUGCCUGUUCUGAUGUUUUAUGGUAUUGAUUUUGUUUUCCUGUGUAUAUGCCAGUUUUUCUAACUAGACUGUAAACUCCUUAAGGACAGAGACUACACCUUGUACUUUUUGUGCAUGACCUGGACCGCUAAGGAAAAAAAAAAUCCAGUAGAUUGAUUGCUUUGCCAUCCUCACAGCAGCUUUUGCAGAUUGCUGUCCAAACUCACUUGAAUGAUGACAUUGCUAUGGACCUGGGUUCUGGACCUGAUCUGCCAGUUCAAGCUGUGUAAUUUUUGGCAAGUUGCUUUCUUUGCCUGGUCCUCAGUUUGCCCAUCUUUAUAAUGGGUGGAUUGGAUGAUUUUUUUUUUUUUUUCUUUUUAAUUGAGAUGGAGUCUUGCACCGUCACCCAGGCUGGAGUGCAGUGACACGAUCUUAGCUCACUGCAAACUCUGUCGCCUGGGUUCAAGUGAUUCCCAUGCCUCAGCCUCCUAAGUAGCUGGGACUACAGGUGUGCACCACUACGCCUGGAUACUUUUUUUGUAUUUUUAGUAGAGAUGGGGUUUUGCCAUGUUAACCAGGCGGGUCUUGAACUCCUGACCUCAGGUGAUCCGCCCACCUCGGCCUCCCAAAGUGCUGGGAUUACAGAUGUGAGGCACCACAACCGGCCUGGAUGAUUUUUAAGGGCCCUUCUAGGUCCGAAGUUCUGGGAAUUUCUAGCUUAUUCUGCCCCUUCGUAGCUCUUGACCUGUCUAUCCAGAUGCAGAAACAUCUGGCAACCCCACAUGGCUGAGAUGACCUGGACCUAGGAUGCCCUUGGACAGAAGACUGGCCUACCUAGCAGACCUGGAAUUUUCUUCCUGAUCUGCUGCUUCCAAGUUGUGUGACCUUGGCUAAGUCACUUAACCGUUCUGAUUGUCAUUUCACUUUUUAAUAAAGUGGAUCUGGAGAACAAGAAAUGUAAUAAGCACGUGGCUCACCAUUCAAGAGAUGAGUCUGACCAUUCACUUUCUGUGUGCCAGAGAAGAGAGACCAUGGGUAUAGACCAGCCCCUGGAAAGGCUGCUUUAGUCAAGGCUGAGAGCAGCUUUGCUCAAGCAAAUUAUUCACGGAGGUGACCACUGUCUUUCUGACCUGGCACAGAGGAAAUGUUGGCUGUGAAUAUGACCAAUAGAAAGAGGCCCGUAUUUCUCAUUCAGUCCUAGAAUCCUGGUAAGUAAACAGAGAAUAAAAAUGUGUUUGUAAAUGACAAAGCAGCAGUUUUUCAAUUUUAAUGUCUACUUAAGAACCUUUGAUGUGUGUUUCUUUUCCCUUCUUUAGAAUGGAUGAUGGUCCCACCUAGUGGGUAGGGCUUUCAGGGUAUGCCCACAAUGUACAUUUCUCUGCAUCUGUGCCUCAGUUUCCUCAUUUAUGAAAUCCCUAUGAUCUCUGUCUCACCUACUUUACAGGAUUGCUGUGAAGAUCACAUAUUACACACAAGAAUGCUCAUCAGUUUUUAAAUUUUAUUUAAUUUUUAUUUAUUUUUUUUAAAUGUCAUUUUUUCAGAGAGAUAGGGUCUUGUUGCCCAGCCUAGUCUUGAACUCCUGGCCUCAAGUGAUCCUCCUGCCUUGGCCUCCCAUGGUGCUGGGAUUACAGGUGUGAACUACCAUGCCCAGCCAGCUUCUAAGUCUUAAGGCUCUGUGUUAGUGAUAGUUGUGGCCAUCGUGGAGGCAGUGCGAUGUCUUCAAGUGAGAGUGAAGCAUGGAUUCUAGAGUUCCAUUUAUUCUAAUUCAAGUUCUUCCACUUAAGAACAAUGUUCUUCCUCUCAUUGAAUCUCAUUCCUCAUCUAUAGGAUGGGGAUAAGAGCAUGUACUUGGCAGGUUGUUGUAGUAAGGAUUAAAUAAUGAUGUAAAAAAGUGUCAAGUGCUUGCAACUUUGAAUUCCAAACUUGAGUGAAAACUCAAUAAAUUGUUGCUUAAAAAAA